AAAAGUUGAAUGAAGGGGGGAGAGAGAGAGAGAGAGAGAGAGGGCAGCCCGGAGAUCGGACCGAAGCAUCGGCCCUCCUGAGAUCGGCAACGGGAGACCGACGAUUCGACUGAAGAUAUCGAGCCUUCUGAGAUCGGCAGCGACGUUCUUCUUCUACUCGGUGGUGUCUUAUCGUGUCUGCACUUUCGCUAGCUUGAUUUCACCUCGCCGCAAAUGGUAGGGCUUUAGCCGCACGGAUCUUGCUUGUCGCGUCCUUGAUCGCUGCUUCGGUUUCCAUUUGUUUGAACUGGGAAGUUCCCAACUGGAUCCCGGUGCCUCUGAAUCCCUUUAAAGCCCUCUACCAAAGGGAGCAGUGAGCAGAAGUCAGUUCUCCUCGCCGCGCUCUCGUCCCCAUGGCGGACUCAUCGGGGACUACGCUUAUGGAUCUUAUAACGGCGGAUCCGGGGAAGGCUCCUUUGGCCUCUUCAUCGGCUCCGUCUGCCCAGCCGACUGCUCUGGGGAAGCCGGUCGUCCACGGGGAGAAGAAGUCCAAGAAGGCAACUCUGAUGCAGAUUCAGAACGACACAAUUUCUGCUGCUAAAGCCGCAUUGAACCCUGUCCGGGCCAACAUCAUGCCCCAGAGGCAAAAGAAAAAGCCAGUUUCGUAUUCUCAACUUGCAAGGAGUAUUCACGAACUGGCAGCCGCUUCUGAUCAGAAAAAGUCUCAGAGGCAGUUAGUAAAUCAUGUAUUUCCCAAACUAGCUGUGUAUAAUUCUGUUGAUCCUUCCCUCGCACCAUCUCUUCUUAUGCUUAAUCAACAAUGUGAAGAGAGGAGUGUCCUUCGAUAUGUAUACUAUUAUUUGGCUAGAAUUUUGUCGGAUUCGGGUACUCAAGGUUCAAAUCCUGGUGGUGGUAUCCCCACUCCUAAUUGGGAUGCUCUUGCCGACAUCGAUGCGGUUGGAGGGGUGACUCGCGCUGAUGUUGUGCCAAGAGUGGUGCAGCAACUAACAUCUGAGGCAUCAAAUGCUGAUAUAGAAUUUCAUGCACGGAGACUCCAAGCUCUCAAGGCUCUUACAUAUUCUCCUUCUAGCAGCUCUGAGAUUUUGUCCAAGUUAUACGAGAUUGUAUUUGACAUUCUUGAUAAGGUUGGUGAUGCUAAAAAACGCAAGAAAGGUGUCUUUGGGGCAAAAGGUGGUGAUAAGGAGUUCAUUAUUCGGAGCAAUCUUCAAUAUGCAUCUAUGAGUGCAUUGAGGAGACUUCCCCUUGACCCAGGGAAUCCGGCAUUUCUGCAUCGUGCUGUACAAGGGGUUUCUUUUUCUGAUCCUGUUGCUGUGAGGCAUUCUUUGGAAAUCCUCUGCGAGUUGGCUGCAAAAGAUCCUUAUGCAAUGGCAAUGGCAUUAGGAAAGCUUGUUGCUCCUGGGGGGGCUCUGCAGGAUGUUCUCCAUUUACAUGAUGUUCUGGCUAGAGUUUCUCUAGCCCGGUUAUGUCAUACAAUUUCUAGGGCCCGAGCACUUGAUGAACGCCCUGACAUAAAAUCCCAGUUCAAUGCUGUGCUAUAUCAGUUACUGCUAGACCCCAGUGAAAGGGUAUGCUACGAGGCAAUCUUAUGUAUUCUAGGGAAACAUGAUAACACCGAGAGGACUGAGGAGCGGGCUGCUGGCUGGUACCGGCUAACCAGGGAGAUCCUUAAGUUGCCGGAGGCACCUUCAGUUACAUCAAAGGAAUCUACUGGUGAAUCUAAAGAUGCUCUUCCACCAAAGCCGACUAAGGAGAAGUCUCAGAAGACUAGGCGUCCGCAGCCCCUGAUUAAGCUUGUUAUGAGAAGGUUAGAGAGUUCUUUCCGUAGUUUCUCCCGGCCAGUGCUUCAUGCUGCAGCAAGAGUGGUGCAAGAAAUGGGAAAAAGUAGAGCUGCUGCAUUUGCAUUGGGGUUGCAAGACGUCGACGAAAGUGUCAAUAUUAAUGUCUAUUCAGAGACUGCUGAUUCGGUGGAUUCAGAUAUGAAUGAAAAUCCCUUCUCCUCUGCAGGCGUUCGGAGGACCACUUCUGUUGCAAAUAGAGAAGCCAACAAGGAUACGAUAGCUAGUCUGUUGGCUUCACUGAUGGAAGUUGUUAGGACAACAGUUGCAUGUGAGUGUGUGUAUGUUCGAGCAAUGGUCAUCAAAGCUUUAAUCUGGAUGCAAAGUCCACAUGAAUCUUUCGAAGAAUUGGGGUCAAUUAUUGCAUCAGAGCUCUCAGACCCUUCGUGGCCAGCGACUCUGUUGAAUGAUAUUUUGCUCACUUUACAUGCUCGGUUUAAGGCAACGCCAGAUAUGGCAGUUACUCUUCUCGAAAUUGCGAGGAUAUUUGCAACUAAGGUUCCUGGGAAGAUAGAUGCCGAUGUGUUACAACUACUAUGGAAGACCUGUCUUGUGGGAGCUGGGCCUGAUGGAAAGCAUACAGCUUUAGAAGCAGUUACGGUGGUGCUUGAUCUGCCACCGCCACAACCGGGCUCAAUGUCUGGACUCACAUCAGUAGACACAGUAUCUGCAUCUGAUCCAAAGUCAGCUCUGGCAUUACAGAGGCUAGUCCAAGCAGCAAUUUGGUUUCUUGGAGAAAAUGCAAACUAUGCUGCAUCUGAAUAUGCUUGGGAAUCUGUGACUCCUCCUGGUACUGCUUUAAUGAUGUUAGAUGCCGAUAAAAUGGUUGCUGCUGCCAGUUCUCGUAAUCCUACUUUAGCUGGUGCAUUGACUCGACUCCAAAGGUGUGCUUUCAGUGGUAGUUGGGAGAUCCGUAUUGUUGCUGCUCAAGCACUCACUACUUUGGCAAUCAGGUCUGGCGAGCCAUUUAGGUUGCAGAUCUAUGAAUUCUUGCACACGUUAGCUCAGGGUGGCGUGCAAUCUCAAAUUUCAGAGAUGCAUCUGAGUAAUGGUGAAGAUCAAGGGGCCAGCGGUACUGGCCUUGGAGUUUUAUUGAGCCCUAUGUUGAAGGUUCUUGAUGAAAUGUACAUGGCUCAAGAUGACCUUAUCAAGGAAAUACGUAACCAUGAUAAUGCAAAUAAGGAAUGGACGGAUGAAGAGCUGAAGAAGCUGUAUGAAACCCAUGAGAGAUUGUUGGAUCUUGUUUCACUUUUCUGCUAUGUCCCAAGAAUGAAGUAUCUACCCCUGGGCCCUAUUAGUGCAAAACUCAUUGAUAUCUAUCGGACACGACACAAUAUAAGUGCAUCAACCGGUCUAAGUGACCCAGCGGUUGCCACUGGAAUUUCUGAGCUAAUAUAUGAAGCCACCAAACCUGCUCCAGUUGAGGAGCCUGACACACUUGAUGAUGACCUUGUGAAUGUCUGGGCAGCAAACCUUGGUGAUGAUGGCCUGUGGGGUAAAAAUGCGCCAGCAAUGAACAGGGUUAAUGAAUUCCUUGCUGGUGCUGGAACCGAUGCUCCAGAUGUAGAAGAGGAGAAUAUUACAUCCAGGCCUUCAGUUAGCUAUGAUGAUAUGUGGGCCAAAACACUCUUGGAAACUUCAGAAUUGGAUGAAGAUGAUGGAAGGUCAUCUGGAUCUUCGUCUCCAGACUCAAUUGGAUCAGUGGAAACUUCUAUAUCAUCCCAUUUUGGUGGAAUGAACUAUCCUUCAUUGUUUAGUUCAAAGCCUUCUUAUGGCACGGAGAGAUCUGGAGGACAGAGGUUUAGCAGUUCAUCUGUCAGUACGCCAUCAAUCUACGAGGAUCUCGGUUCCCCGAUUAGAGAAGAACCGCCGUCAUACUCGUCUGUUAUGAAACGCUACGACUCUUUUGAGAAUCCCUUGGCGGGGCCGGGAGGCCAGAGUUUUGGAUCGCAAGUGGAAGAAAGAACUUCAUCUGGAAAUACUCAGCUUGGUUCGGCAUUAUACGACUUCACUGCUGGAGGAGAUGAUGAGCUAAACUUGACAGCAGGAGAAGAGGUUGAAAUCGAAUAUGAAGUUGAUGGCUGGUUUUAUGUAAAGAAAAAGCGCCCGGGAAGGGAUGGGAAAAUGGCAGGUCUAGUGCCUGUCCUUUAUGUCGGUCAAUCAUGAGAAUAGGAGGAUGCUUUUUUUCCGUUCUUUCGUGGAUAGUAUGCUCCUCCCUCUUGUGCAGUGAUCGCCGUGAAACGUCAAUCCAAUAGAUCAUGUCCUUUAAGGAGCGUUUCCAUUAAGGGGUGCUAGAAUUUCCUCCCUCUUGUGCUGUUAUUGUUGUCGGUAUGGACCUAACUAACAACACCUUCAGCAGAUUUGGGUGAAGGUGAUCUUUUCAGGGCUGAUUCUCCAUCGCUUGAGAUUGCGCCGCAUGUGCUUUCCUGGACUGUAUGCAAGCUUAGGUUAUUAUUUUUGUAAUAUGCUGUUGAUCUUUUUGACCUCCCGAAUUCAGAGGAGUUUUACGGGGGGAAGGGUAUCUGUGUGCAGUUUUCAGUUCAUAGCUAUAGUAUGUUGCUGUGUCAUGAGGACUAUACUGGAUGUUGAAUGGGUCCAGUCGUGACCUUGGGCCCUAUGGGUUGGACCAAUUGAUUUCGUAAUUUGGUUAAUUUUUUUGAUAUUGCGAGAUAUUACCGUUAUUUGAACUAAUGUAGCUGGCAGUAAACCCUCUGCUUGAUGUAA